AUGUCCAGUAAGGCUAACAGGCAAUUAUGGGAGGAAAAAAACAUGGCAGAGGCUUUGCGAAAUGUUCGGGAAAAAAAGAUGGGAUGGCAAUUAGCGUCCAAAAAUUUCAAUGUCCCUGCUACCACACUGCGCAGAAGAUUUAAAAACAAUUGUAACAGUACCAAACGAGAUUUGGGGGGUAAAAGACCAGUAUUUAGUCGGGAGAUGGAAAAUCAAUUUGUUCAACAUAUAAAGGAUAUGGAAGCUAAAUUAUUCGGUUUAACAUUAAAAGAUUUAAAGAAGUUAAUUUUCGAAUUUGCAUCUAAAAAUAAUAUAAAAAAACCUUUUAACAAAGAAAAAGAAACAGCUGGUGAUAAAUGGAUUCAGAGAUUUUUAACACGAAAUCCACAGAUAUCUCUCAGAAGGCCUGAAAACACCUCAGCUGCUCGGGCACAAGCCUUCAAUAAAAAUAAUAUCGCUUUAUAUUUUAAAUCUCUGAACGAGGUUAUGGAAAAAUAUAACUUUCCACCAGAAAAUGUUUACAAUAUUGACGAAUCUGGUCUCAGCGUAGUACAAAAUCGACCACAAAAAAUUCUAGCUACUAAAGGACGAAAGCACGUUGGAGCGCUGUCUAGUGCUGAACGAGGACAUUUAACUGUGGUAUGCUGUAUGAAUGCCACCUGCCUUUAUAUUUCCAAGAAAAAGAAUGAAAAAUUUGCUGAUGGACAACGCUCCAAUGGGCAGCAAAGCCUAUUGUCAACUAAACGGUUGGAUGUGUUCAGAGAUUUUUGUACAGUGGUUUUAUUCCUAUUGGACGGCCACAGCAGCCACAAAAGCCUAGAAGUGCUACAAUACGCGAAAGAUAAUGGUGUGAUACUAUUCUGUUUUCCCGCACAUUGUACCCACCGGCUACAGCCCCUGGAUACUUGGCUUAAACAACAUCCUGGUAGAAUCGUCACACAUUUCCAAGUAGCUGGUCUUUUCAAUAAAGCGUAUUUGAAGGCUGCUACACCCGCAAAUGCAGUACACGCGUUUGCCAAAACAGGAAUAUAUCCCUUCGAUGACAACAUCUUUCCUGACUGGAUGUUCCAACCCUCUUCCACAACCGAUAGACCGUUAACCGAACAUGACCAAUGCCAAAAUGGUCAAAAGCAACCACAACAAGGAGGCGUAGACGUUGAGCUGCCUAAAUUAGGCUCUGGAAUACCAGAAGCUCCUGAAGUUGAACCUUCAACAUCAGGAUUUGCCAAAGCUAAGUGCACGACAGAAAGAUUUCCCUUAACGAGGAAACAAAGAUAUUAUAGUAUUCAUGAACUAUCUCCAUUGUCGCAAGCUUCACUUGGAGCUUCAAGGAAAAGAUUAAGAAAACCUAGUCGAAAACAAGAGAAAUGUGGAUUUCAUGUCAGAGUUGUGGUUCCUGGUGUCACAUUGUUGUACAACCCCAAAGUAAUUGAUUACAUCGGGUACGACACUUGCAGCUUCGACCCCUACCAAAUUUAA